AUGGAUGGUGUCAAACAAUUUAUGAGCUUUGUUAAAGGGAAAUUCAGUGACAAUGUUGAAAUUCUAUGCCCCUGCAGUAGAUGUCUUAAUCAGAAGUACCUAGCUCAGGCUCUUGUGAAGAAACACAUACUAAUGAAUGGCAUGGACAAUAGCUAUACUCGAUGGAUUCAUCACGGAGAGUAUUUAAAUGUGGAAGUUAUUGAGCAUGUUCCUACUGGUAUUGUGCAUUGUAGUCAUAAUUGGUCCACAGAUGGAAUAGGUGUGACAGAGGAGGACAGCAAUGAUAUUGAUCCUUUGGAAGCAUUUUUAGGAGACCUACAUACUGCUGCAGCACAGGAAGAUAGAGAGGUUGGAGAAAAUGAGGACGGUGAUACAGAAUCUUGUGAGCAAGACACAUUUUUUAGAAUUGCCAUGAAAGAGGCAAAGUGUAUGCUCUAUCCCGGUUGUACCAAAUUUUCGAGGUUCUCGUUUGUGGUAAAGCUGCUUCAUAUGAAGUCACUAUACAGGAUAAGCAAUUCUGCUUUUACUGCAAUAUUGAAGCUAUUGGCUGAAGCAUUCCCAGAAUACAAUACCCUUCCAAAAUCAUAUAAUGAAGCAAAGAGCAUUUUAAAGGAAUUAGGUCUUGGGUAUGAAUCCAUACAUGUGUGCCAGAACAAUUGUGUGCUGUUCAGGAAAGAAUUUGCCAAGUUUGACAAUUGCCCCGUUUGUAGUCUCUCUAGGUGGAAAGACCCAGAAAGGAAGAAGAUUCCAGUGAAAGUGUUGCGUCAUUUUCCAUUGGUACCGAGGCUGAAAAGGAUGUUUGCAACCAAAGAAGCAUCAGAACAAGCUCAAUGGCACAAGUUGAAGCGGCAACCCAGUGAGAAGGAAAUGAGCCACCCAGCUGAUGGUGAGGCAUGGCAGGAUUUUGACCGAGAAUAUCCAGAUUUUGCAGAUGAUGCAAGAAACCUUAGACUUGGACUUGCUACUGAUGGUUUCAAUCCCUUUUCAGAGAAGAACACAAAAUACAGCAUGUGGCCUGUAUUUGUUGUGCCAUAUAACCUUCCUCCUUGGGCAUGCAUGCAGGAGUCAAAUUUCAUGAUGACUCUGCUUAUUCCAGGUCCUACAUGCCCCGGGAAGGAUUUUGAUUUAUUUCUUGAGCCUCUUAUAGAUGAUUUACUUGAGCUUUGGAAUGGAGUCCGUACAUAUGAUGCUAUUACUCGGAAAACAUUUAAACUUCGUGCUGCAGUUUUGUGGUGCAUCCAUGAUUAUCCAGCUUUGAGCACUCUUUCUGGCCGUACCACAAAAGGAUAUUUUGCAUGUAUUCAUUGUGACAAGCACCCUCUGUCAUAUGGCCUUAGGAGCAAAAUUGGGUAUGUUGGGCACUUUCGUUUCCUUCCAAAGGGACAUCAUUUGCGGAGAAACAAUGAGUAUGCUGGACUUCAUGAAAGCAGUGAGGCACCAGGUAAAUUCUCUAUAGAUGAGUUGCUUGCUGAAUUGGAGAAAGUUAAAGAUAUUAGGCCUGGGCAGCAACAGGAAUGUGGGAAAAGGAAGCGUUCAGGCUUGGACAGGGUACGUGGGCCAAACAUUUGGCAGCGGAUGGUUAGUUUAUGGAAGUUACCAUAUUGGAAAAAAUUGAAGCUGAGACAUAAUCUUGAUGUCAUGCAUAUUGAGAAAAACAUAUGUGAGAAUUUGAUUGGGACAAUUCUGAACAUAAUAGGGAAGACAAAGGACACUGUUAAAGCUAGGCUCGAUCUAAAAGAUUUGGGAAUUAAAGAGGAGCUGCAAUUAAAGAGGAUGGAGAUUCAUGUGAGAUGCCUAAUGCUCGAUAUACCUUGUCCAAAGAAAAAAAGAAGGCAUUUUGUGAUUUUUUAA